UCCUCUCUGCUAACCACCACUAACCAUAAUAUCACUAUAUUGACCGACACAUCCAACUACCCGGCUACAACAAGCCGAGGCCCACUCAACUCAGACUUUUGAACAGCCAGGAAAAGUGAAAAGGUAAACAGUUUAAUCGACCAGAAGAACAGGGAUGUUUUAAAGAGAAAGUGCGACACAGUUUGUUGUUUGUUUGAGGAGAAAUGAGGCGAAGCUGAGAGUUUAUACAGAAGAAGAAGAGAAAAGGCGGCUCAUCUGAUGGCGAGAACUACAUGAAACCCUCCUACACCGCUACACCAGGAACAAGGACGAGCAGCGGCUACAGAGGAGACAUUUUGAGGACUUACAUUACCUGAUUACCUGCAGAGAAGAGAAGAGAGAGGAUGACUUCGCUGUACGAUAAGAUAUGGGCGGACUGGAUUUGGUUUCCUGAAGGCCACGGCUGGGCUGACCUGACGGACCACGAUGGCCAGGUUUUCCCUAAAACAUCGGACCUGUGGGCCACUAUACCCAUCGCACUCUGCUUCCUGGUCAUCAGACAGAUAUUUGAGAGGACAGUAGCGACUCCUCUUGCCUCCCUGUUGGGAGUGAGUGACAAGCAGCGCAUUCGUGCUCCUACAAAUCCCAUCCUGGAGUCCCAUUUCCGCAGCACUUCAAAGCAUCCCACACAGAGCUCCGUAGAGAGUUUAAGCAAACAGGCGGGCUGUUCAGUGCGACAGGUCCAGAGGUGGUUCAGGCGGCGGAGAAACCAGGACCGACCCAACAAGCUCAAAAAGUUUCGGGAAGCAAGUUGGAGAUUUACGUUUUACCUUCUUGCUUUCUUUGCUGGCCUGGCAGCCCUUAUUGAUAAACCAUGGUUUUAUGAUAUGAAGCAGGUGUGGGAUGGCUUCCCGAAAAUGCCACUGUUGUCUUCACAGUACUGGUACUACAUGAUCGAACUAGGCUUCUAUGUCUCGCUGCUUUUCAGCAUAGCAUCGGAUGUCAAACGUAAGGAUUUCAAAGAGCAGAUAAUUCACCAUGUAGCCACCAUCUCACUCAUCAGUUUCUCCUGGCUGGUCAACUACAUCCGGGCAGGGACUAUGAUCAUGUUGGUGCAUGAUACCUCCGACUCUUUAAUGGAGUCAGCCAAAAUGUUCAACUAUGCAGGCUGGAGGAAAACCUGCAACUUUAUCUUCACCGUGUUCGCUGCAGUUUUCAUCGUCACCCGACUCGUCAUCCUCCCCUUCUGGAUCAUAUAUACGACCGCGGUGUACCCCCUGACCCUCUACACCCCCUUCCUCGGCUUCUACUUCUUCAACGGGCUAAUGCUGGUGCUGCAGGCCCUGCACAUCUUCUGGGCCGUGCUCAUCUUGCGCAUGGUCGUGAAGUUCCUGCCAGGCAAUGAGAUUGUCGAGGACGAGCGGAGCGAUAAAGAGGAGACGGAGUCGGAAGACGAGGACGAAGGUCGCGGGGAGAGAGAAAAGUUUAAGAACGGCCACGCGCAGAACGGCUACGCUCUCCUCAACAACAACCACAGCAAGGCGGACUGAUGGGACUGUGAGAUGAGGCUGUGCGAAGAGUGACGACGGGCCCCUCACAUGGCGCCGUCACCUGAAAGCCAAAGAACGGGAGCGUGGCAUGUUGAAAGGGGCAACAGGCGGCAGCACACACACACACACACACACACACACACACACACACACACACACUCUCUCAUAUCUUUACCCUCCUUUCUGAAACCCCCAAAGUGGAUAAUUUCCCUUCUCCGUGGAUUACAUUAAAUUAAAUGGAGAGACUGCAAUGGAGAACCACAAUGAUCUGCUUAGCAGCUAAGCAACAGAGCGGUUAUCACAUUACACACACCUCUUCCUUUUUGCUUUUCGCUAAGAUUUUGUGCUGUUGACCCAAGUUGCCACAUGCCAAAUCUGCCUGCUUGUAGCUUUAUGUUUAUGUCCCUGGAAGUGUUUUAAACAGACGCUGUGGUUAGGACGGGGGCGCUCCCCUCCUGCACAGUCGGUUAAAACUCUCCCAAGUAUUACCGCCCUUUAAAACCUGACUGAUUUUUUGCUCUAAAUAACCACACUGAAGUCAGUGGCACGGUGAGGAGCUCUACGGUGUCAUUUUCUAUGGACCAUAACCUGAUUUAAGUCUAUUUACUGAAGUAUCAGUUAAUAAUACAUUUGUGCGAGUGAGUUAUUGCAGCUGCCAGUUUGUCACUUUUUCUAAAAAAAAUAUAUCUGUUCUGAUGUUUAAAACUAAAUAAUUGGAGGUAAAUAAUGUUUAUUUUUAACAGUCUGAAAAAAGUGCAAGGAGGUGCUACAUCUGCCACGUGUGUUGAAAUGUGCCUUGUGUGGAAGUUUGUCUUAAAAUGCUUUGUCUCUUCUGGGAAGCAGAACGCACAGAGAUGAUUUUUAAAUGUUUUGUUUUGUUCAAAAUCUUUUUUUUUUUUUAGUUGUAUGAUUUUAUUUUUUGCUUUAUUUGUUUUCAGUCCAGUCGACGGUUUAAAUUUGGGAGCAAUUUGUUGUGAGUGUGACCCAAACCAAUCAGUAACUGUUUAUGAAUUCUUUAUGGGCUGGAAGAGUCGAUAGCAUUUCCAUUCAGUGUUGUUUUUCCCAUCCAUCCAAAGAUGCACUUUAUGGUUUCCUCUAUAGAUCAGCGUUGACUAAAAUAUCUUGUAAACAAGCUUAGUAAUAGUGUUUCAACUCAAACCUGAUUUCUUUUUAGCUAUAGAGGGUAUGAUUUCAAUUGUUUUCAUAUUUAUUCUCAUUAUUAUCUACCCAUGAUCUUCCUCUUUGUCAGAGUUUUGGUUCAUUUUGUAAAAAGAAAUUUAAUGAAAUCUUAAGUAAAGAGGUAAAAAUGAAACACCAAAGUACGGUUUACAUUUUGUACUACCUUGUCAUUUGCAAGUGCCUUCAUCAUUUCAAGUGUUAAUUGUAAAAAAAAAAAGAAAUGUGUCCCUGUUUGUCUUUAUUUCUGCUGUCUUUUGUGCCCCGUCACAUCCAGCACUCCGUUGCACUGUAACGCUCUGGGUCUCUAACGUUCCUGCCUCGGCUCACGACGACCAAUCACCUGCAGCUCCCCUCUCGAGAGCUUUGCUUCUUCAGAAAGGGUUUUUAAUUCUGCACUCAUGUGUUGCUGAGAUGUAAAAUCAUAAUGAUGAUGACGAUAAAGAAAAUUGUGGAUAACUA